GUUAGGGUCUACCUACGCUCAACACCGAACUCGACACCCCAUGGAGAGCUCAUCAUCAUGGUUCCUCGUGUGGGGUUCGACUCGGAGCAGGUCCGAGAAAAAGCGCGCAAGGACCUGCUCCAUCUCCUCGAGGGAGUUCGCGGAAAAAAGAACCUCGUUAUUGAAAAGGAGUUAGCCGGUCCAGUUGGUGUCGUGGUGAAGGUCUCAACCCUGCGCGACUACGGCGUCGACAAUUUCUUCUUCCUCGAGAAUAACAAUACCGACACGAACCAGCGGAAUGUCGUCUUCAUCGCUCGCGGCGAGUCUGCCCGCACUGCUCAUGCCAUCGCCGGCCAGGUAUUACGGCUCCAGCGCGAGAGCCAAUCUUCCCACGAAUUCCACAUUUUUUGGGUGCCCCGGCGGACGCUGCUGUCAGACAAGGUGCUGGAGGAAGCCGGUGUUCUGGGCGAUACCAAUGUCGCCGAGCUGCCCCUCUUCUUCUUUCCGCUGGAAAAGGAUGUCCUGUCUUUAGAGAUGAACGAUUCCUUCCGGCACAUCUACCUUGCGAAAGACCCAACGUCAUUGUUUUUGCUCGCCCGAGCCUUGAUGGGAAUUCAGCAGAAGCACGGCCUGUUCCCGCGCAUCAUCGGCAAAGGGGACAACGCUAAACGGGUAGCCGAUCUGCUGUCUCGCAUGCGGCAGGAACUGUUGGCCGGCGAAGAAGGGGGCGAAACGGACCAGGCCGGGCUGAGACUCAGCACGACAAUUGAGAGCGUCAUUAUCAUUGACCGCGAAGUCGACUACGUGACGCCGCUCCUGACGCAGCUGACCUACGAAGGCCUACUAGACGAGAUUUUUGGCGUUCAAAACAAUCAGACUGAAGUCGACUCGACGAUCGUGGGUGCGGCGGCGCAGCCAGCGGGGCCAGGCUCAUCGACGGCCGCGCCAGUCGACAAUGGCCAUUCGCGCAAGCGCAAGAUACAGCUCGACGGCUCGGAUGCGCUGUUUGCGCAGCUCCGGGACGCCAAUUUUGCCAUCGUCGGCAACCUCUUGAAUAAGGUGGCCCGCAGACUGCGGAGUGACUAUGAAAGCAGACACAGUUCCAAGACGACGGCGGAGCUCGUCGAAUUUGUAAGAAAGCUACCCGGAUACCAAGCCGAGCAGCAAAGCCUGACGAUCCACACGGGCAUGGAAGAAGAAAUCAUCAAAUACACACGAACUGAGAGCUUUAACAAGCUGCUCGAGGUGCAGCAGAACCUCGCGGCAGGGGCGGACCCAUCGUCGCAGUUUGACGCCAUUGAAGAACUCAUAGCCCGCGAUACCCCACUGCCCCAAGUCCUCAGGCUACUAUGCAUCUACUCGUGCAUCUCGGGCGGCAUCAAGGCCAAAGAACUGGAUCACUUCCGGCGACUGAUUUUGCAAGGAUAUGGUUAUCAGCACCUUCUUACCCUGCACAACCUGGAGCGGUUGCAGAUGUUCCUCUCCAGGUCGUCCCCUCUGGCCUCCAUGAUCCCCAUGGCUGGCUCGGCGGGCAGCCAGGGCAACAAGACAAACUACACGUAUCUGCGCAAGCAGCUCCGGCUUAUCGUGGACGAGGUUGAUGAGCGCGAUCCCAACGACAUCGCCUACGUCUACAGCGGCUAUGCUCCCUUAUCGAUCCGGCUCGUGCAGUGCGUGCUGCAGAAGCAAUAUCUCCUUUCCAUGACACGGGGCGGCGUGGCCGGCACUGCACCAGGGCCGGCAGCCGGGGGCGCCCAAGGUUGGCGGGGAUUUGAGGACGCCGUCAAGCACGCCCGGGGUCAGACGUUUGACGAGGUGCAAAAGGGCGAGGACAAGGCCGUGAAGGCGCGGGCGCUGCUGUCGGGCAACGGCGACAAGAAGACGGUGUUUGUGGUUUUCGUGGGCGGCAUCACGUUUACCGAAAUUGCCGCGCUGCGAUUCCUGGCGAAGCAGGAAGAAGCCCGAAGAGACAUUGUUAUCUGCACCACGUCCAUCAUUAGCGGAAACAGAAUGAUGGAUGCCGCGAUCGAGAAGGAGUCAUUUGAGAGGAGCACCCCGCAGCCCACUGCGUCCAAAUAAAGGUCUAUGUCUAUAUCGUGAGACACAAGGACGCUUGCAUAGUCGGAGGGAUAGAAUGGGGCCGCACUUUGCGGAGAAGAUCUGAGUUGCCUAGUCGAGUCCCUAUUGUCGGUUGUGCCCGUGGAGCGCUCGAUUCAAUCGAUGGUCGAGAGAGCGCCGGGCAAGAGACCAGAAUCAACAGCAUGGAAGGG